AUGGCAAUCGCAGCGCUACCCCCAAAUCUGUACGAGGAGGCGACAACCGCCGCAGCAACGGAUACGUACGCCACCACAACGGACUGUUCAGCGUCUACUACGCCAGUUGGGGAUUAUAGUGUUACUUGGACGCCCUCCUACACCGCACCACAAGCGCUUGAUACUAUGCCUGCAAAUGAAACUGAGUCGGACACUUAUACAAUGCCCGACUACAAGCCAACGGCUCCAACACCCCCUUACCCGUUUGUUGGCAACGACAGCAGGCCAAAUUACACAGCGAGCGAUUAUAAACCCGCGACACCGACAGCGCCGUAUCCAUCUGUCGGCAACGGCAGCGCAGCAAAUUACACCACUAGCUCCCCUGGUAUCCAAUAUACUGGCGCUGCAGUGCUCAACUUGGGAGCUGUUGGCGCUGUAGUGCAUGUGCUUGUUUUGGCUGCUGCCAUGUUUAUGUUGUAG